AUGUCUCUCCGAUUCAUCUGCUACAGCCUUGUGGCCUGCUGGGUCGCCGGCUUGACGUCGGCCAUGCCCGCUACCGACCCGCCUCUCCAGCCCUUUGGAAAAUAUGGCUGUGGACAACACGGCCCUAAGAACCGUGCCUGCUGGCGCGAUAAUUUUGAUAUAUUUACGGAUACAUCAUCCAAAAUCCCCGAUACUGGAAAGACCAGGACGUAUGACUUGACCAUCACCAAUGUAUCAAGCUUCUCCUCGGCCGACGGUGUCAGCAAGCCUGCCAUGCUGAUCAACGGCCAGUUUCCUGGUCCGACGAUUGUUGCCGAUUGGGGUGACUGGGUCAAGAUCAACGUCCACAACCAGCUGCAGCAUAAUGGCACUUCCAUUCACUGGCACGGCAUCUGGCAGAAGAACACAAACGACCAGGAUGGCGCCAAUGGGGUCACCGAAUGUCCCAUCCCACCCGGCGCGAGCAAGACGUACCUAUUCCGCAUGCAUCAGUAUGGUACGGCCUGGUAUCACUCUCACUUUUCCUCGCAGUAUGGCAAUGGCGUCGUCGGCACCAUACAGAUUAACGGACCGGCGUCUGCCAACUACGACGUUGACCUCGGCCCUUUCUCAAUCACGGACUGGUAUUACGAGACGGCGGACAGGCUCGAGCGGCGCGCAGAGCUGGUCUCCAACGGUCCGCCGCCCGACAGCGACAACGUACUGUUCAACGGCACCCAUGUCAAUGCCCAAGGUGGUGGUAAGUACUCGAGGACGACGCUUCAGCCUGGCAAGAAGCACCGCCUACGUCUCAUCAAUACGUCGGUAGACAAUGCCUUUACCGUCUCCAUGGCCAGCGAUACGAUGUCAUUAUUGAAGCGAACCAAAAGGUGGCGAACUACUGGUCAACGCGACGCUGGCAAGCAGCAGGUUCUGCGGCACGACGCGCAUCAAGCAGCCCGCGGCCAUCUUCAGUUAUGCUGGCGCGCCGAAGACAAAGCAGCCAACCAACCCAGGCACACCUGUGAAUGCAGUCUGCAGCGACACGGUGGGCUUCAGCCCGGUUGUCAAAAGAGAGCACCCAAGAAGGAGUUCCUGAAGAGCCAGGGCUACCUUGAUGUCAACCUCAAGACACCCGUCAUUGACGACGUUGCCGUGUUUCGGUGGGAGGUCAACGGCUCCAGCAUCAACGUUGAGUGGGACAGGCCCAUCCUCGAGUACAUCCGCGAGGGCGACUUUGACUGGCCGCGGGAAGCCAACGUCAUCGACAUUGCGCAGAAGAACGUAUGGACGUUCUGGGUCCUUCAGAACCUUGGGCCCAUCCCACACCCAAUGCACCUUCACGGGCACGACUUUCUCGUUCUCGGCGCGGGCGACGGCGAGUUUGAUCGGGUGGCAGGGGUCAACUCGCUCAACUUUGACAAUCCCAUACGGCGGGACGUAGCGGAGCUGCCAGGCGGCGGACAUCUCGUCAUCGCGUUCCAGACGGACAACCCGGGAGCGCACCUGCUGCACUGUCACAUCGCUUGGCAUGUGUCGCGCGGGCUCAGCGUUAUGUUCCUCGAGAGAAAGGGCGACAUUCCCAAGACGGUCAACCUCGCCAACCUGGAGCCGAAUUGCAAGAAGUGGCGAGCCUAUGAGCCGACGGCCGUCUGGCCACAGUCCGACUCGGGUCUGUAG